AUGGCUAUGCCAAGGCACUUCGCACUGCUGGGACUUGGCUAUCUAUGCAGAGCUACACUCUCUAUCAUAAUUAUCCCUUGUACCGCUUUCUGGGCCAUUCAAAGUGUGCUCAUAAAAUCUGGUUUUGACAUUCUUGCUUGGCUUGCCUUUGUCGUUCUGUUGUCCUUGGAGUUUUCUAUUCAGCUCCUUAGCGCCUUGGUCACAACUUUUACCGUUGGUAGAGAAGCAGCUGCUCAGGGCACCCUCAGAUUGCUCUGCGUUCAAGAGAACGCCAUCGCUAUCUUGAAGCGUGUUGUGUGUAGCUUCAAUAAUGGAUAUCCGGGCCCCAGUCAAGUGUUCCGCGAAGGGAGCAAAAAAUAUGGAAACACCUUUUCAUUCGGCGCUAAACGGGUCUUUACGAGCGAGCCGGAUCAUCUAAAGGUGAUUUUUUCCCUCGAAAUAGCCUUUGACGAUUCAUGCUUAUCUGCCUACACAGGCAUUCCUGGCACGAAUGUGUUGCUGUUGUCGGCCAAGAUGCAGCCAUGGCAGCCUUUCUUUCGGCAUUUGUAUGCCAAUGGAUAG